AUGGGUGUUGCAGGGCAGUCUAGGACUGUAUUUGGAGCUAUGCUCUUCUGGGGGUUUCUUGGUCCCCUUGCUUUUGUUGUGGGGGCUCAGGGUAGUGUUUUUUCUGAUCCCACCCUGCUGGCUUGUGGCCAAGAAAGCCUGCAGCUCACCUUACCUCCAGGCUGGGAGGGGAAUGCUUCCUUUGUGCUGACUACUUGGAAUACUGAGGGGAAGGCACAUGCUCUGCAGAAUGACUCUGACUGUGGGCUUUUGGUAUCUGGGACUCCAGAUGGCUCCAGGAAAGUAUCAGUCUCCUAUACUGGCUGUUAUGUCUUUGAAUGGGAUGGCAAUUACCUCAUGCUGAUUGGGCUUGAAGGAACAGAUGCUGCUGGACAAAAGGUUCUUCAUGAAGAGAAGCUGCUCAAGUGCCCUGUGGACCUUCCUGCCCUGGAUGCUCCAAGCAGUAGUGUCUGUUCUGCUGUCCUCAGCCAAGACCGGCUGCCGUGUGCCUCCUUGCCUGUCAGCCAGGGAGACUGUGAAGUGCGAGGCUGCUGCUAUGACCCUAGGGACAGGGUGAAGCCUUGUUUCUUUGGUAACACAGUGACGGCUCAUUGCACACCAGAUGGCUGGUUUUCUGUUGCCAUCUCUCGGGAUGUGACCCUGCCACCCGUUAUCCUGGACUCUGUGCAGCUGGCCAGUGGACACAGUACUGGCUGUGUCCCUGUCAUGAAAAACAAUGCCUUUGUUGUGUACCAGUUCCCACUCUCUGCCUGUGGCACCACUUUUCAGGUGACUGGAGACCAGGCCAUAUAUGAGAAUGAGUUGGUGGCAUCCAGGGAUGUGAAGACUGGGAGCCUUGGUUCUGUCACUAGGGAUAGCACUUUCAGGUUACAUGUCCGCUGUAGUUACUCCAUCACUGGGAGCUUCAUUCCCUUGAGUGUUCAGGUCUUCACAUUGCCACCACUCCCUGCUGUGUCCCAGCCAGGUCCUCUGUCCUUGGAGCUGCGUGUUGCCUCAGAUGGAAGCUAUACUUCCUACUAUACUGACAGUGACUAUCCUGUUGUGAAGACUCUGAGAGACCCUGUUUAUGCAGAAGUCAAGAUCCUUCGGAGAACAGACCCAGACCUGGUUUUGGUCCUGCACCACUGCUGGGCCACACCAAGUAUCAAUCCCCAGCAACAGCUGCAGUGGCCAGUUUUGGUGGAUGGAUGCCCUUAUGCAGGGGACAACUAUCAGACACAGCUGGUGCCUCUAAGUCUUGCCUCAGGACUACUGUUCCCCUCUCAUUACCAGCGUUUCACCCUCUACACAUUCACCUUUGUGGACUCCACUUCCCAAGAGAUGCUCUCUGGGCUGGUGUACCUGCACUGCAGUGCUUCAGUGUGCCACCGGUCUGUGCAGGAGUCCUGCACCACCACUUGUCCUGCUAGAGCCAGGGGUAAAAGGAGUGUUGAGCAUCCUCUUCAGGAUGGUGCCUCCCAUGUCUCCAGCAAAGGCCCUGUGAUUUUCCUCCAGGAUGAGCUAAGAUCAGACACAGCCAAGGAUGGCCUUGGAGCAGCUGUGCAUGCUGCAGCCCCGUGGGCUCUGGGGUUUGCUGCUCUGGCAACUGGGGCAGCUCUGUGCAUGGUGCUCGUGGCUGCUGUGCUGUGGCGAAGGAAGGUGUCUGUAACGCAUGAAAUCAAUGUAUUGAAAUAAAGUGGCUGUCCAAGCCCACUUGGUCUGUGGAACUCCUUCUCCCUGGCCCAGAGCAUACAGGGUUGAACAGGAGUGUGU